AUGACAGCCAAAUGUCCGCCGCCGACCAAUGCUUUUCGAGAUCUAUCCCGCAUAUUUGCGAACAGAGGUGACCGCGUCCUUGAAUUCGAGAUCUUACUGCCGGGGUUUGGUCCCAUACUUGAAGAUGAUAACGCGGUCGGAGUCGAAAAGAAGUACCUAGUACAGGCCUUUGUAACUGCGCGACAAGUAUUUUUCGACAGUUUGAAGACGAAUCAUAAUGAUACCGGUGACGAUACACUAUCAGGAAGCAAGGUCCAUGGCGGUGAUGAAAGUGUUGCAGUUGCCUCCGAAAUCAUCCUCCUCUUCGAUUGCGAACAUCUGACGGCAUGCAACUGGAGAAAGAAAAGGAUAAAUUCCCUAUUCAAUUCGGAUAAGGAGGCCCUUAUCCAUGCCUUGAAUAUUGAACUCUCCUUAAUGACAACGUUCCUUUGCUCCUCGCUCCAUCGCCAUACUAAAUCGCCGACACUCUGGCAGCAUCGUCGAUGGGUUCAAUCGCAGCUUAUCCGAUUGCGGGAGCCAGACUUCCAUGGUGUCCAAGAAAUUCUUCAAAUUGAACUGUCCGUUGCCCUAAGAGCAGGGCAGCUGCAUCCCCGAAACUACUACGCCUUUAGUUACAUUCGACAAAUGUACCGCACACUGUCUGAGUUAGGUCGAGAGGAUAGCGAAGCAUGGAGUGUUCAACUAGCACAGUCCAUUGUCAAACCUACAUUAGGCUGGUGCACUUUGCAUCCAGGUGAUAUAUCGGGCCUAAUGUUCCUGCUUUAUCUGCUAGAUGCUGUUCCAGAUGCCCCUCUGCGGCUUGAAACUGUCACCGCCGUAGUUCGUUAUGCUCUGAAUACCGACUGGGAACGUGAAAGCAUUUGGACUUUCAUCGACCUGGCUAACAGGAAAUUCAACCUACUUGAAUCUCUGGGAGAUUCACCAGUAUAUCCUUGGAGUGUCUUGUCGGAGAGUCCACAGCAGGGCGAGGUUAAGGCCGGCCCGUCAUGGAAGACAUGGCUUGAUAGGGCACGCAUUCACUGGUCCCAAGGCCGACAAAUCACACAUGUACCACCUGCAUGA